AUGAAGCUCCUCUCCGCUCUCCUCCUUUCAUCUGCCCCUGUCCAAAUCUGGGCUGCUUCCCUCCCACUCUUCGGACAGUCUCCGAUCAAAAGCUUAGAGGACACCUUCCCCGUUGCUGGUGAAAACCCUCUGGAAUACUGCGCCGACCCCAAAAAUGACAUUCUCGAGAUCGUUUCGGUGAAUUUGACGCCUAACCCACCUGUUCCUGGCGAAAACCUCACCAUCGAAGCAGAAGGCAUAUUCCACGAGCCCGUUGAACGGGGAGCCAAGAUUCACCUCCAAGUCAAAUAUGGUCUUAUCCGAUUGGUGAAUGUUGAGGCCGAUUUGUGUGAGGAGAUCGAGGGCAAUACAGAGCUCACUUGCCCUCUGGACGGACACAAGAAGUUUGUCAAGGAGGUUGAGAUUCCCAAGGAGGUUCCUCCUGGCAAAUAUGCUGUCCUCGCUGAUGUUUAUACUGAGGACAAGACUCGCAUCACCUGCCUUCAGGCUCACGAUAUAAUUUUCCAUUAA